UACAACACCGCGAUCCACUACCACCGUCGUACUUUACCGUCGACGACGAUCUACACCACGACAACACAACUAUAAUAUAUAUAUCAGAGCAGACGAGAACCCGUGCGGAUUCACUACACAUCACAUAACGUGUGUGCCACUCAGCCACUCACGUACACGCAGGUUGUUUCCAACUUUUCUCUAAAGAUUAUUUAUCGCGGGCGCUUAAAAAAACGUUCAUUAGUAUUUUUAAAUAUUUCAAAUUCGCGUCCAAUUUCCCUCCGAAAAUUUUCUCAUACAAAUACAUCUAAAAAUAUAUAUAUAAAAAUAUAAAAACUUUUAUUUAACUCCGAAAAAAAUUUAUCGAUCAAACAAUCGCUUAUUUUUGUGUUAAAUAUUAUGUGAGCAAGUGUUAAUUGUGUAUAUUUAUAUAUAAUAUAUAUACAUAUAUAUGAAAAAAUUUUGUUUGAAAAAAAAAAAUAUAUAAAAAAAAAAAAUAACCAAGAGCACGUGGGAACAGUGAAUUUGCACGUGGGCAUUUUUAAAAAUUUUAUUUAAUUAGUAAAUUAAUUAAUAAAUUAAUUAAUAAUGAGUUGUAAUAAUGGAUAAGUGUAAAUUAAUAAUAAUAAUAAUAAAAGACAAUAGCGCCCUGUGGCGCGAAUUAAAUAAUUAUUGAUGAUGAGGAUAACGUUAUCAGAGAGACGAAGACGAAGACGUAGACGAGGUGCAAUUAAUAAAAAUAUUAUAAAUUUAUUUAUUAUAUUAAUAAUUAAUAAUGUUAGAUAAUAAAAUGAUUAAAAGAAUAUUAAUUAUUUGGUUGAUUAUUAUUUUUGGAGUAUUUGACUUAACGCCAUUGGCGAAAAACGGUCUUAUAAUGCCAGUGUCAUCUACGACAAGUAAUAGAAGAAAUUAUAAUAGUAAUAAUAGUAAUAAUAAUAAUAAUAAUAAUAAUAGUAAUAAUAAUAAUAGUAAUAAUAAUAAUAAUAGUGGGGGUUGUAAUACGUGUAAAAUGCACGAAGAAAUACGUGCGUUAAAUUUAGAAGCCAUUAAGGAACAAAUUCUUAACAAACUGGGACUUAAGCAGGCGCCCAAUAUGACGGGACGUGCGCUGCCUAAAAUACCACCGAUAUCAAAACUAAUGGAUAUGUAUGGAAUACAAGCCGAUGAACCUGUCGUUUUAAGAGAGCAAACGAGCUCUGGUACUGCACAUUACUACGAUGAGGUUGACGAAUUUACGGCCAAAACUGAAAGUGUUUUCGCACUUGCUCACCCACGUUCAAGAUUAAGACAUUCGGAGCAAGACAAUUUAGAUAUAUUGUAUUUUAAAUUUUCUGAUAAAAUAAUGCAGCAUCGCGUUACGCGGGCGAAAUUAUCGCUUUGGGUUUCGGAAAUCAGUAAGGAGCCGACUGAUACGGAGCCCGAAAAAAAUGAUAAAAGUAAAGAAGAUAAAGAAACUGAUAAAGAAGAAAAUAAUAAUAAUAAUAAUAAUAAUAACAAUCAUUAUUAUAAUUAUCAUCAUCAUCAUCAUCAUAGUCAUAAUCACAAUCACAAUCAUUACCACCGUCAUUAUCAUAAUGAGCACAGAGAGGUGGUCUCUAUAACUCUGCAACGAGUUUUGGCGAACCCGGUCACGAAAUCGGAAGGCGAAAAUACCGAUGAGGGCUCGCAAUUGGGCCCGCCGUUGGUCACCAAGCACUUGAUUGGGCGCCAUCAGGGAGAAGAACACGGCUUUUGGGUCACUAUUGAAUUGGGACGGAUGGUCGCCGAGUGGUUCAGACAUCCGAGAAAUAAUUUAGGAGUUGUUUUAAAAGUUAAUGACGAAGAUACUAAUGAUAGUAAUAGUACCAGCAGUUCUGGAAGUUCAACUAGAAAAAAUAGCCUUUGGAAAGUGGAGACCGAUCCGGAGGCUGAGUACGCGCCCUAUCUGGAAAUUCAGAUGCAAGAACUAGAAUCGAAACGUGGGUCGAGGGUUAAGAGAAAUGUCGGAUUGAAUUGCGAUGAAGCGAGUCAAGAAACGAGAUGUUGUCGAUACAAGCUUACAGUGGAUUUCGAAAAAUUUGGAUGGGACUGGAUUAUUGCGCCUAAAAAAUACGAUGCAAAUUACUGCUCAGGUGACUGUCCAAUGGCCUUUCUUCCAGCUUAUCCGAAUACACACAUCGUAAGUUUAGCCGAGCCGCCAAAUAAUACCGGUCCAUGUUGCGCGCCCAGAAAAUUGUCUGAAAUUACAAUGUUGUAUUUCGACAACGAGUACCAAAUUGUAUUUUCUCGUCUGCCAGGCAUGGUCGUCGAACGUUGCGGCUGCUCAUAAAAUUAUUUUUUUACCACCGGCAUUUAUAUAUAAAUAUAAAUUAUAAAUAUAGAUGUUAGGCAUGUUGCGCAUCUAUUAGCAAUUUUAUACGCUUUGUGUAAGUAUACUAGUGAAAUUAUAAAUUAAUUCACCGAGGAAUGAAUUUUUUAAAUAACAACGAAAAAAAAACUUAGACUGAAAAAACAUUUUUUGAUACAGGGGAGGGGCGGGCAAAACGGGACUGCUAGGAAAUAAUUAAUUUUUGUGCAUGGGAAAGUUCCAGAUGCUGUAGAAAAAAUUUUUUUUUCCCGGGUGGGCAAAAUGGAUCACCCAAAAAAAAAAAUAUUAAUAAUUUUUUUUUUAGCAUUUGACUUUGAAUUGAAAUUUUAUCUAAACUAUCAACUUGACGAGUAAAGUCACAGGAUACUUUUUUUAAGAAAAUUUAAUUUCCUACAAAAUUGUACCUGUGUAAAUUUUUUGUAUUUUCAAUAGUUUAGUCAGAAUUUUAAUUCAAAGCCCAAAAACUUCUAGUAGAAUCAAAUUUCGAUCUCAAUUAUAAACCCGAUUCUUGAAAUCAAAAUUCCCAGUUAUCUAUCAAAAAUACCGCAAAAUUGCACAAGACCAAAUUUAUACAAAAUUAAAAUUCCUACAAAAAAGUAUUCAUUAAUUUUUUUCUCAAACUCAAAAAUUUCCCAUUUAUUUCCAUUCAAACUAAAAAAAAAAAAAUCAAACUAUUGUAGAUAAAUAACUUAUAUAAAAUUUAAAUAUAGCCAAGAAUUCACAGUAUGUAUUUUUUGUGGCCAACUUAUACAUUCAUUUCACCGAAAAAUUCCUUAAAAAAAAAUAUAAAAAACAUUUUUUGACAAAAUAAAUUUUUACCAAAUUUUUGGGGUGGUUCGUUUUACCCACCGGUUCCGUUUUGCCCGCGCUUCCCUAUAUAUACAUAAAAAUAUAUGUAUACAUUAUACAAUUUAUAAUUUUUACACAAUAUUUUAAUAAUAAUAAUAAUAAUUGUAUACAUUUUAAUGUGCACGUGUGACGUUUUAUUUUUUUUAUCCGCAUAUAUACCUUGAAUAAUAAAUAAACAACUAAAUAUAUAUAAUCUACCUCAAAUACAUUCAGCCCGAAUGGAACAAUAAAAAAAAAAAAAUUAAUUACACAAAUUUCGGUAAAUACUAAAAAUUUUCCUGACAAGAAAGUUAGCAGACAUUCAACAAUAUUUUGAUUUAUUUUAACAAAAAAAUUAAUAAUAAAAAAAAUAUUUUGAAAAAUUGCACGUGUAGUUUUUUAAAUUUUCUACAUGUGCAUUUUUUUGGAAAUAUUUUUUUUAAUUAUUUAUCUGUUAAAAAAAUUUAUUUAAAUUUUAAAUGUCUGCUAACUUUACUGUCAUAAAAUUUUCGCAUAAUAACAAUUAUCGCAUCAAAUACUUACACAAUAAAUCGGUAUGACAUUUAUUUAAAAAUUAAUAGGAUAAUAAUCUGAAUCGCGAUAACGUCUCUGUGACUGGAAAAUAAAUAAAUGAUAAACUAGACAUUGUAUUGUUGUAAUUUAAGAAAAUAAAUAGGAAUAAAGUGGACUGAAUUAAAUAAAGGCAACAAUGUUGCAGCAAUUGUCAAGUUUGUUAUUAAAAUGCAUAACUGCAUGGGUUAAUAAUGAAUAAAAAAUAAAUACGAUGUAACUUCUUUAAAAGUUCUGAUAGAUAUAUGAGAGCGCGACCUCAUUUUAAAUUAUCUUGAUCAUUUUUUUUAUUUUUUAUAAUUAUACAAGUGUCUGAAAAUUGUAUAUAAGAAUUGAUGGUCGGUAUAAAAUUUAAGACGAGACGCGCGAAUUUUUUUUUUUUAAAUCAUACGUCCAUAAUAAAUAUUGAUUAAAUAUAUAUACAUAUAUAUAUUGAAUAUGAUCGCAUUUAAUUAUUAAUAAGCGAGUGCAUUAAAUUAUGAUUUAUGUGUGUAUGUGUGUGAAUAAAACUUACGAUUAUGUAAUUUUAUUGUUAUAUAUUAAUUUCUGAUGAUAUAUAUACAUAUAUAUGUCACGGAGAUAAUUUUCAUAAUUUUAAAAUUAAUAAUAAUCGUAAGUUUAAUACUUUGAUUUGAAUAUUAUUGAAAUGUAUCGAAUAAUUAUUAAAAAUAUGUAAUAAAUAAUGUAAUGACUUUAGUAAAUU